GGCAAGGGUCGAAUGGUAGUUUUGGCCACGAGCAAUACCUAAUGGCACCUCAGCUUCACACGCUUGUAAGUAACUGUGUGAGAUGGAUGAAAUCGAAUCCAGAUGCUGUCGUGGGUCUUCCAAAAUUCUAUGAGGGUGUUGCAAGCAUUCUCACUGCCGCUGGCCACAAGGUGAAAAUAUCAGACAAGUUUGAUAACAGCAUGGGAGUGUUCUUUGUUAAUGGACAGGAACAAAUCUCACAGCUCCCGGAACUUACUGAAUUUAUCAAGGGAGGUGGGGGAGUCAUGAUUGGAGCCCAGGCUUGGUGCUGGUGCAGUGAAAACCCAGGCAAAGAUCCCUUGGCUCACUUUCCUGCAAACAAACUCACAGGAUUAGCAGAUAUCUAUUUUGGACCAAAUAAAAGACCCCGGGGAUAUUAUACAAUUCAUACAACAACAUCUGAGGCGCCAGAAAAGGUUAUAAAAACAACCCAGCACAUGCCUACAAGCUACAAUCUGUUGGAGAACAUCACUCAUUUGGAUUUGAACUUUAACGCAGACCCCGGAGAAUUGGUUGUGAAGUCGACUAAGGCAAUUCCUAUCCUGAAAGACCAGACAGGAGCAGUAUUGAUGGCUGCCACAGAGUAUGGCAAGGGUCGAAUGGUAGUUUUUGGCCACGAGCAAUACCUAAUGGCACCUCAGCUUCACAUGCUUGUAAGUAACUGUGUGAGAUGGAUGAAAUCGAAUCCAGAUGCUGUCGUGGGUCUUCCAAAAUUCUAUGAGGGUGUUGCAAGCAUUCUCACUGCCGCUGGCCACAAGGUGAAAAUAUCAGACAAGUUUGAUAGCAGCAUGGGAGUGUUCUUUGUUAAUGGACAGGAACAAAUCUCACAGCUCCCGGAACUUACUGAAUUUAUCAAGGGAGGUGGGGGAGUCAUGAUUGGAGCCCAGGCUUGGUGCUGGUGCAGUGAAAACCCAGGCAAAGACCCCUUGGCUCACUUUCCUGCAAACAAACUCACAGGAUUAGCAGAUAUCUAUUUUGGACCAAAUAAAAGACCCCGGGGAUAUUAUACAAUUCAUACAACAACAUCUGAGGCGUCAAAAACAUUUUUUAAGACAUCUGCUCAGGUGCCCGCAAUUUUCCAGCUACUUGAGAACAUAACUAAAUUGGAUUUGAACAUUGAGGCAGACCCUGGCGAACUGGUAGUCAAGUCGACUAAGGCAAUCCCCAUCCUAAAAGACCAGGCUGGUGCAGUAUUGAUGGCUGCCACAGAGUAUGGCAAGGGUCGAAUGGUAGUUUUUGGCCACGAAGCAUAUCUAAAAGAGCCCAACAUCCAAAUGCUUAUAUGCAAUUGUGUGAAAUGGCUGAAAUCAAAUCCAGAUGCUGUGGUGGGUAUCCCUAAAUACUGUGAGAGUGUUGCAAGCAUUCUGACAGCCGCUGGUCACAAGGUCAAAGUAUCAGACAAGUUUGAUAGCAGCAUGGGAGUGUUCUUCAUCAACGGACAGGAACAAAUCUCACAGCUCCCGGAACUUACUGAAUUUAUCAAGGGAGGUGGGGGAGUCCUGAUUGGAGCCCAGGCUUGGUGCUGGUGCAGUGAAAACCCAGGCAAAGAUCCCUUGGCUCACUUUCCUGCAAACAAACUCACAGGAUUAGCAGAUAUCUAUUUUGGAGCAAAUAAAAGACCCCGGGGAUAUUAUACAAUUCAUUUGACAACUUUUGAGGAGUCAGAAACAUUUUUUAAAACAUCUGCUCAAGUGCCCGCAAUCUUCCGGCUGCUGGAGAACAUAACUGAAUUGGAUUUGAACAUUGAGGCAGACCCUGGAGAACUUGUAGUCAAGUCGACUAAGGCAAUCCCUAUCCUAAAAGAUCAGGCUGGUGCAGUAUUGAUGACUGCCACAGAGUACGGCAAGGGUCGAAUGGUAGUUUUUGGUCACGAAGCAUAUCUAAAAGAGCCCAACAUCCAAAUGCUUAUAUGCAAUUGUGUGAAAUGGCUAAAAUCAAAUCCAAAUGCUGUGGUGGGUAUUCCUAAAUAUUACGAGAGUGUUGCAAGCAUUCUCACAGCUGCUGGCCACAAGGUCAAAGUAUCAGACAAGUUUGACAGCAGCAUGGGAGUGUUCUUCAUCAACGGACAGGAACAAAUCUCACAGCUCCCUGAGAUUACUGAAUUUAUCAAGGGAGGCGGAGGAGUCAUGAUUGGAGCCCAGGCUUGGUGCUGGUGCAGUGAAAACCCAGGCAAAGAUCCAUUGGCUCACUUUCCUGCAAACAAACUCACAGGAUUAGCAGAUAUCUAUUUUGGAGCAAAUAAAAGACCCCGGGGACAUUUCAAAAUUCAUAAGACAUCAUGUCUUGAGAGGUUAAAACAAGGAGCACAUGAAGCAUUUGGUGCAUUUGGAAUACACAUAGCACAUGGAGAACAUGGAGGAUAUGGAAUUCAUGGAGAACAUGGAAUGCAUGGAGAACAUGGAAUUCAUAUGGCACAUGAAAUUCAAGGAGAACAUGGAAUGCAUGGAGAACAUGGAAUCCAUAUGACACAUGGAAAACAUGGAGAACAUGGAAAACAUGGAGAACAUGGAAUUCAUAUGACACAUGGAAUGCAUGGAGAACAUGGAAUGCAUGGAGGACAUGGAAUGCAUGGAGAACAUGGAAAACAUGGAGAACAAGGAAUUCAUGUGACACAUGGAAUGCAUGGAGAACAUGGAAUGCAUGGAGGACAUGGAAUAUGUGGAGCACUAGGAGGUAUUGAAAAACAUGUUCACUCCGCAGAAACAUUUGUUAAGGAGCAGAAAAGUGGACUUCAGGGGGAGGUCAAAAAAAUACCAGGGAUGUUUCAUGCUGAACACAAGAAAAUGUCACACAAGAAGUAAAAAUUGAAGAAGUAAUACAUGUUGAUUUGAAAAUUCUUUCAUUCUGGGCUUUAUCUCUUUUCUAAUGAUGUUCUGAAAAAGACUAAAAUGAUAAUAGAAAUAUUGCAGUGCAUGGCAUAUGUAAUCAACGACAAUGAUCAAGUGUAUAAUCAACAAUGAAUGAUAACAUUUAAUGGGUUUUUGAAAAAAAAAUCAGGAACUCAAUAUUUUAUUUUAAUUGAGCUUAUGUAAAAUCUGGGAUCUUUGGAUACAAAUGUAUUUCAACUGGCUAAACAUUUUAACAACUUUAAUAUUUUAAUCAAAACAAAUCUUUAAAUUGAAAGUAGACAGAGCAUUUGCUGAUCUUCUGUUAAUAUUGUUUUGUGACUUUUAGCAGAAUUUAGAAAAAAA